UGUCGGGUAGAGUUGGCAUCUUGUGGAGUGUAUGUUGAAGCUGUGAUUUUUUUCAUAGUCUACCUCCUGUGGCAGGCACGGGCAAGGUCUGUGCCUCCUUGUUGUGAAAAUGACCGCAGCUCAUCACCUCAGGAUACCUGUAUGGCUGGGGAUCUGUUUGGCCCAGGUGUUAUUGAUCACAUGCCAGGAUGUUAAGACCGAGGAGACGAAAAACUGUAAAGAUGGUGAUCAGAAUUAUUCAGAAAAUGAGAUUUGGAAGCCAGAGCCGUGCAGACUGUGUGUAUGUGAUAAAGGCCAGGUGAUCUGUGAGGAGAUCCGCUGUGAGGAUCUGAAGGGCUGCGAAGAGCUCAUGAUCCCGGAGGGAGAGUGCUGCCCUGUCUGCCAAACCUUCGCCAGCGCGCGUGGAAGGAUCGAAACAAUUGCGUUUAAGGGCCAAAAAGGUGAACCUGGUGACAUUCCUUACAUUGUGGGAAUCCCUGGACACCCAGGACCAAUGGGUCCCCCUGGAGCAGAUGGCCGACCAGGAUAUCCAGGAAGCAAAGGAAGACGAGGUGUCUCAGGUCCACCUGGGUUUGAUGGAGAACCAGGUGUCCCAGGCAUGCCAGGUGAGCCUGGUCCUGUAGGCAAUUCACUGUCUGGGAGUCAGUUUGCUUCUCAAAUGGCCUCUGGAUUCCAGGAUGGGAAGCUUGGAAUGUCGGCGAUGGUCUCUGGAGCACCGGGUGAAACAGGACCAAGAGGUCAUCCAGGCCCAUCAGGUCCACCAGGGCCAACAGGAGCACAAGGUGCGCCAGGAGAUGCGGGUGAUCCUGGAUCUAUGGGCUCUUUUGGUCCAAGGGGACCAGAUGGUCCUCCUGGAAAACCUGGCCAAGAUGGUGAGCCUGGACCCCCUGGAAAUACCGGAGAAAAAGGAUUCCCUGGCUCUCUAGGCUCCAGAGGAUUUCCAGGAUCACCAGGUCAACCUGGGAUGAAAGGUCAAAUGGGUCAUCCAGGUCUGCAGGGUGCAAAAGGAGAACUAGGUGCAGUGGGGUCAAAGGGAGAAUCAGGAACUCCUGGUGGCAUGGGACUUGUGGGUCCACAGGGCCCGACUGGCAUGCCUGGUGAGAGAGGACGCAUCGGUCCAACAGGGCCUGUGGGAAAGCGUGGUCUUUCAGGAAACGUGGGAAAACCAGGUCCAUUGGGCCCGAUGGGAAUCACUGGAACCCCAGGAUUUCCUGGUGGCCCAGGCAUGAAGGGUGAAGCAGGAGCCACAGGCCCACGAGGUACCAGUGGACCCCAAGGCCCAAGAGGAGAAUCAGGCCGGCAAGGUUCACCUGGAUCGCAGGGCAACCAGGGACCAUCAGGAACAGAUGGCACUCCUGGAGUUAAAGGACCAUCAGGCAUCCCAGGUGUGCAAGGCCCUGUUGGACUGAUUGGACAGCCUGGCCCACCUGGACCUCAAGGAUCAACUGGACUUCCAGGGACCAAGGGCCAAUUGGGUGACCUAGGCUCCCCUGGUUUUAAAGGAGAACCAGGAGCUAAAGGACAACUUGGCCCACUUGGUGUUCAAGGAGAAAUGGGGCAAAUGGGAGAAGAAGGAAAGCGAGGCCCAAGAGGAGACACAGGGGCCAUUGGAGCCCUGGGCCCAGCUGGAGAAAGAGGAGCUCCAGGUAACCGCGGGUUCCCAGGAGCUGAUGGUUUGCCAGGUCAAAAGGGAGCACAGGGUGAACGUAGUGUCCCAGGCUCAUCGGGGCCUAAAGGUGCAACUGGAGACCCUGGCCGACCUGGGGAAACAGGAAUUACGGGGGCAAGGGGCUUAACUGGCAUUCUUGGUAUGCAAGGGGCAGAGGGGAAGAUAGGCCCACAGGGAGCACCAGGAGAUGAUGGGAAUCCAGGCCCAGCUGGGCCUACGGGAACAAGAGGUGCAGCAGGACCCAUGGGUUUGCCUGGACCUAAAGGCUUCAGUGGUGAUCCAGGGAAAGCAGGAGAGACAGGAUCACCAGGAGCUUCAGGACAAAGAGGACCUAACGGAAAAGAUGGAGAAGAAGGUCCAGCGGGAACACCAGGACCUCCUGGAGAAGCAGGAAAGAGAGGAGAACAGGGACCUCCUGGACUAACUGGCUUCCAAGGUUUGCCUGGACCCCCAGGCCCACCAGGAGAGUCAGGAAAACCAGGUGAUGAGGGUAUCCAUGGAGAGGCUGGUGGUGCAGGGCAGACUGGUCCAAGGGGUGAACGUGGAACCCCAGGAGAGAGAGGUGAACCUGGUCCUAAUGGGUUACCAGGACAAAAGGGAAGUCUAGGAACCCCUGGACCUGACGGUCCCAAGGGUAAACCAGGUCCAGCUGGAAUUGUUGGAGAACCAGGACCACUAGGCCUACAGGGCAUGCCAGGAGAGAGAGGAAUAACUGGACCAGCCGGACCUAAAGGAGAAAGUGGUGCAAUGGGCAACAGAGGGGCAGAAGGGGCUGCUGGCAACGAUGGGGCUCAAGGAUUACCUGGUCCUGUUGGACCUGUUGGACCAGCUGGCCCACCCGGGGAGAAGGGAGAACAAGGCCCACGAGGCCCUGGUGGAUCUCCAGGCUCUAGAGCAAUGGCUGGCUCACCUGGUGAGCCAGGUCCUACUGGUCCAGUUGGGUUUGCUGGACCUCCCGGUCCUGAUGGUCAGCCCGGAGUUAAAGGUGAAACCGGACAGGAAGGUGCAAAGGGAGAGGCUGGGUCUUCAGGGCCUCAGGGAAUGGCAGGAAAACCUGGACCACAGGGAGUGGUUGGAAUUACAGGCCUCAAAGGUGGCAGAGGAACUCAAGGAGCAGCUGGUCCCAGUGGUUUCCCAGGAUCCCCAGGAGGUGUCGGCCCAGCAGGCUCUGCUGGUCCAGUUGGUGAGCCUGGUCCCAUCGGAGCCCCAGGUAAAGAGGGCCCACCUGGGCUUCUGGGAGAACCUGGAGGUCCUGGCCGCCAGGGAGAGCAUGGAAACCCUGGACCUGCUGGUAGCCCUGGAGACAAAGGUGAACCAGGAGAGGACGGAUUGCCAGGCCCAGAUGGGCCACCAGGACCUGCUGGAACUCCAGGACAGAGGGGACUUGUGGGUCUUCCUGGAAUGAGAGGAGAGCGUGGUAUGGCUGGCCUUCCUGGACCUGCGGGUCAACCAGGAAAAGCUGGCACCCCAGGUCCUCAAGGAACCAAAGGUGGUGCUGGACCAGUUGGUUUGCCAGGAGCAGCUGGACCCAGAGGAGAUGCUGGCCCAGAGGGUUUGGCUGGAGCUGAUGGAAUUCAAGGAGCUGAUGGCAUCAUUGGACCCAGAGGUGACAGAGGAGACUCAGGACAAGAGGGUCUUGCAGGUGGUCAGGGAGCAUCAGGAACCCCAGGACCUGUCGGAACACCUGGAGGUCCAGGACAGAGAGGAGAUCAGGGUGCAAGAGGUCCACCUGGUCCUGAUGGUCAAGCAGGAACCAGAGGGAAAAAAGGACCACAAGGACCAAUGGGAGAUAAAGGUGACAAAGGAGAUGCGGGUGAGAGAGGUCAGAAGGGUCAUCGUGGCUUCACUGGACUCCAUGGGCUUCCUGGAAGUUCAGGUGCUACAGGGGAUGAUGGUGCUAUAGGAAUCAUUGGACCAAGUGGGCAAAGAGGACCCCCUGGCCCUGUUGGUCCAGCAGGAAAAGAAGGAGAUAUGGGUCCACUUGGAGCAGUGGGGGCUCCUGGAUCUCGAGGUGCCACUGGUGAUAUUGGACCUGAGGUCAGUUAUGGAACACCAGCAGGCAUUGUGUGA